GCCAAAACGCAACCCAAAUGCGGAAGCGGUCGGGGAAUAUCGAGUUUGCCAGACAAGAUCUGCUUUCGGUUCGAAGCUAUACCUAUGACAGCACGAUACUAACAUUAAUCUGAUGACGUUUGUAACUGCUGUUUAUACGUGGAAGCAUUACAAGCCCUUGCGUACUCAAUAAGGCAACCACCAGCAGAAAUUUGAGCCCCAGGUACCCAAGGUGCCAUUACCUGACCUGACCUGGAUUAAGAUGAUGUGAUUAACUCAAAAUGGACAUGAACUUGGAAGGAUCAAGUGUUGACCCAGAACAAAUCAAAACUCGCUUCUAUGAAGAGAACACCACAGGUGCUACGCAAAGGAACAGCAUGGAAUACCCCAGUCUGCCGACAUCAGACCUUGAAUCUGACGCUGUGCCAUUCUCACCUGAAGUCAAUCAUGCAGCAGGUAUGUUUGGAGACGCAACGACCCACUUGCCAAGAGAGCUAAUUGAGGGAACCACAGCACCACCGUUAACAGAGCUCCUCGCAGAGUCAUCCAGGACAGAUCCGAGACAUACGGCAGGAUAUGGUUCUUCCUGUCACCACCCAGAUACACAUACUCAAUCUCCUGUAGGUAGCCAGUGUGCAGCUCAGCAACCUAAGGUUCCAAUACGGAGGGAAACAUAUUGUCCACCAGCUCAACCAGAUCAGCAGUCCAGAGAUGCCAAUCCCCCAUCAAGUACACCUGUUCAAGAAGAAACCAUGAAAGUGGACAUGCCGGUGCCUGUGAAGUUUGACGCCGUGAUCAUCUGCCAUGAAGACGAUGCCCACGAAGUCAACAAACUCAAAGACCACUUGAACAGUCUUGUUUUGUUUGACGAUAAAAUGGCCUCCGUUGCCAUCGAGGGCGAUGGACCUGACUUGGGGAAAGGAGAAGUCACCUACUUUGAGGGUUGGCUAGAAAGUGCACAAAUAAUGUUUCUUUUUAUGACCAAAGUAUUUUGUGAAGAAAGCUUCUGUUGCUAUAAGCAGAAUAUUGCUUUAUGUGAAUCAUUCUUAUUUUCAGAUAGUAAAAAGGAAUUUGUGAUUCCUAUUUUCUUGGACAAAAAGCAUAAUCUGAAGUACUUAAAGCCCUCAAUACGAGCAAUAAAGGGGAUUGAGUACAUUGACUGCAAGUGGAAUGACAAAGUAGCAGAGAGAUUCAGGAAGAAUUUGAUCAGUGCUCGACAUAAGAGACAAGAAAAUCUAGCUGCAAAAAUGGCAAAUUUGACAAUUACUUAGAGAUGGGACAAUUACUUACAUGAAUAAGUGCUUAAUGAACCACAUUUGAGAUACUGUUUUUGUUGUAUUUAAGUGCCCGUUAUCAACUUCAAGACCAAUCUGUUUGGAGUAUUCUUUAUAUAUGCCCCAUAUUGUCUUGUGUGUGUUAGAGACUGUGUUUACAGAAAGCACAGCACUGUACAAGGGGCAUAUAAUUGUUGCCUUUUAACUAUUGUUGAAAAGAUUUUCACUUUUGAACUCAGUUUGUUCUCUGAUGCUUAAUCUCUGAAAACUGAUUUAACACACUGUCUGUGGAUGUAGCAAGGCCUCUUUCUCAAUUUUCUAUGCACUAAGACACUUGUUUCUGUGAAUAUGGUCAUUAUUUGUUUUGAGAGACAGUGAUUUGGAUUCCAUAGAAUGUCCUAUCACCCUCAUUACAAGAUGCAGUGGAUGACACUUGAAGCUCAUCACAAACUGAAACCAACAAUCAAUAAACAUAGUUGUUCCGGAAGCCAAGUCAUGUGUGUCCGUUACUUCCUCCAUGGCAUAGCAGGUAGAGCAUUUGCCUAUAGAGUAUGAAGUCAGUGGAUCAAUACCUGGCCACAUGCUAGAAGGUGGUAUGUAUACUUGACGAUACCCUGUUUGGAGUCUGGAGUUGAGAGAAUUAAACAAGACCCGGUCGGCUUAAAGUUAAAGUCAUAUGCUGUGUCUGAGUGGGCGUGGUCUCAUCAGAGAAGUGCAAGAAGUCCAGACAGGCAUGGAUUUGCAUGCAUGCAUGCACACACACACACACAUGACUGUAAGUGCAAUGCUGUUGCACACAUCCAACAACUGAUGUCAGAUUGUACCCCCCAUGAUCUGUCCUUGUGUUGUUACUGGCUUGGUUGUGGCCAUGGAACCCAACUCCACCUAAUUUGCAGUUAUGAAUGUCAAUGAUGAUGUUUCAUUUGCAGUGUUCUUGUGUUGAAGCUGUUCAUGUGUCAUCUCCUGAGGUCUAGAUUGUGUAGAUUAUGUUGGUCUGCAUAUUCAUUGAGCAUGUAUUAAAACUCUCCUUUUGCUACAUAACACUAUUUAUUGACGAGAAUAAGCUUAUGAAAUUGUAUUUGAUUUAAUGUAAUGACUUUACUUGAAGAGGCCCUCUACAGGUGGAUCUCUAUAACGAACAUCACAUUCUCAUGUUGGUCUUAUAUUUCUGAGACUUCAUUGUUGCUAGGAAUGUAAAUGCCUAAUACUUUUGGUUCAUGUGAAGCUCUUUUGGGAUGUUUUCAAACUUUAUCUUCAUGUUUUGUUUUGUGCGUUAACUAUGUAGUUAUUAAUUGCUUGCUUCACACUUUUUUAGUACACUUUUUUGAACCUGUUACCCUAUUUGCAACGGGUGGGGGCACGGUGGGCGAGCUGUCUAAGGCGCCAGGCUAGUAAUCCAGUGAGCUUGGAGGUGCCGGAUCGAGCGCACCUGUGACCGGGUGUAAAAACCUUGGAGUCAACUUUGUAUGCAGACUCUUUUCAGAUUCUUGUACAACCCCUAGUGUACAGUACAACACCCUGUGCACUUAAAAGAACCCACGAAUCCGUUGGUAGAUGACCAGAUGGUGGCCACAUGAAUAUGUGCAAACACCUAGUUGAGGGUACAGCAAUGUGUGUGUGUGUGUGUGUGUGUGUGUGUGUGUGUGUGUGUGUGUGUGACACAGAGAUGCCAAUAAGUUGGCAGAGAUCUGUAUGCCAUAUACAUAUGUUAUUAUUUGAAGAAACAAAAAAUAUUUCUGUAAUCAUUAGUAAUAUCUGCUAAAUGGAGAGUCUAUUUUAUAAUUCUGACUAGAGCAUAAGUAUGUGCAUCAUACGUAUCACUGAAACACUGGUGACACCAGGUGUUCACAAGGAAGUAAGCGUAUCCUGCCCCACCAGCAUGCCUGCCUUCAUCUUGUGUUUCUUGUCACUUUUUCACAAUGUUGACGCAAUCUCUGUUUUAUGCAGUUGUGCUUGGUAAUGUGUAGUUAAAGGGUACACAAGAAGGGUAUUAGUACCUGGUAUUAGCCAAGGUUCAACUGAGUGAGGACUGUGUGUUAAAUUCACCACCCUUCAGCUAACAUUCUGACUAACUAACAAGUGAAUGUUUUAUAUACAAUGUACUUCACAUUUUUCAAAUUGCAUGUUGUUGAUUUCUUUUCAUCAUUCAGCAAAUUUAUAUGUAUUUCCUUUUACAUCUGGCAUAGAAUGUCUGUAAAACAAGGUGUGCGACUGCUAUUGCUGUAAUGUUCUGCUACAGAGAAAUAGGUUGUUUUAGGCCAUGGCUGUCUUUUUUUUAUAGUGAAGUUAUUGAACAUUGGUGUUUGUUUCAUAAGUUAUACUACAUACUGAAUUGUGGAUAAAUUAAGAUCUCUUAAUUGUUGAUACAAGAUUUGGAUAAACUGAGAGACAUCCUGCUGUACAUGUUUCAUAUCCAGAUUAUUUUUAAAAUAUAUUUUUGUUACCCUACUGGCAACUAGUUAUUGUGAGUUUUUGAAAUGAAUGUUCAUAUGUCUCAAAGAGUAAUUUGAAGCUGUUCACUGUAUGGAUGUAACAUAUGUAUUAUGUGGAAAGCCUAAACAAGUAUGCCGUUGAAUAAGCAUCGCUACCUAAGCGAUAAGUGAUACUUUGCCAGUUAAUCAUUAAAAUCAAAUGCAUAUUUGUCUUUAUUUUAAGAUCUUUGCAAUUUUUUAAAUCCAUGUAGAUAUUUCCUAUACUUAAGUAUACACUACAAUAACACUCCUGCACAGAGAGAAUGACAGAAGGUGACUGGAAAGGCAGGGUAGCUUAGUGGUGAUUGUCAGGAUGUGUUCCAUUCAUCAUUUCUCUUGGUCAAACAAAUGUAUUUGCGAAAUGUAUGGGAAGUUUGAAAGUAAAUGUGAUGAAUGAUUUA